AUGCCUAGACCAGCUUCGAUCAUCGAAUUUCCCGAUCGUAGUUAUCGGCCGGAUCGCCAAAACGGCCGGCACACGCCUGAAUCCGACUCUUCGCCUGUGUAUCGCCGUCGCAGCCCUUCCUACAACAGGUACGACGAGCGCCAUAGGGAGACGGAUCGAGGACGCAGCCGCCGCUCGAUAUCUCCCGCUCAUCGAAGCCCUAGGAGAAGCCCUAGUCCCAGAAGAAGGAGAAGCCCGAGCCCUUGGGCUAAAGAAAACCUAGAUUCUCUCCCGAAGAAGUUUGGCCGCAGCGAUGGUGGUGGCUACCGGAACGGAAGGGAUGUGGAAUCUGAGUCCGACGAGGAAUUGAAGGAUUUGACCUUUGAGGAGAAGAGGAGGCUAAAGAGGCAGAAGCUUAGGAAGUCGCUGAGUUACUGUAUUUGGGAGGUUACCCCGAGCCCGCCGAGGGACGAGAACGAGACGGAUGAGGAAGAGAUGGAACGGAGGGGAGAUGGUAGCUCGGACAAGCGCGGCAUGGAGGAAAGCAAGAACGAUUCCAGUGGGAAAGAGAAAUUGGGAGAUGGGAAAGGCAAAUCGGAGACUGAGUCGGGGGAUUCUGGAAGUAGCGCGUCUGAAUCCGACUCUGACAAUGAAUCGGAAGAUUUAAAGUCGAGGAAGAAGAAACGCAGUUCGAGUUCUAAGCGUAGGAGAACUAAGUCACCUAUGGAUAGCGACAGUGAAUCCGACGAGGAUGUGGGUGAGAGUGCAAGCGAUUCUGAAGAUGAUAGCGAGAGUAAUGAUUCCGAUGAGAGCAAUGAGAAGUCCAAGUCGAAGAAGCGGAAACGCAGAUCACGUCCCGGUGCUAAACUCUCCAAGAAGAGGAGAACAUCGGAAUCCGAGGCUGAAAUUGCGGAUUCUGAUGUGAAUUUGGAUUCUGAAAUUGAUACGAAGAGCAAACCAAUAGUUGCAGAUGAAGAUGCUAUAACAGCUGAAUUGAAUGCUGAAGCUCUGAUGUUCAAAGAACUGAUCGAGGCCCAAAAGAAACCUGCUUUGGAUGGUGAACCUGCAGUUGGCCCAAUGCCUUUGCCUAGAGCUGAGGGGCACAUUAGCUAUGGUGGUGCUUUGAGACCUGGUGAAGGUGAUGCCAUUGCGCAGUAUGUGCAGCAAGGGAAGCGUAUCCCAAGAAGAGGUGAGGUGGGUCUCUCUGCUGAUGAGAUUCAAAAGUUUGAGGGUCUAGGGUAUGUGAUGAGUGGUAGCAGGCAUCAGAGGAUGAAUGCAAUUCGUAUUAGGAAAGAAAACCAGGUUUACAGUGCUGAAGACAAGCGUGCUUUGGCUAUGUUUAACUAUGAAGAGAAAGCGAAACGUGAGCACAAGGUUAUGGCUGAUUUGCAGCGUUUGGUCCAGCGCCAUAUUGGACAGGAUGUCGGUCCGACCCACGAUCCAUUUGGUGCAAAAGGAUCUGAUGAAGAUGCUUGA